GCGCGUCGCCCGGCUCGCUUCCCUCAGCUGCGGCGGCCGCAGUCUGGCUCAGGGUGACUUUGCAUCUCGGUGGCCCGCGCUCGCGGUGGCUGGGGAACACGGUCCCUCGCCCUGGGCUGUAAGCUCCAAUAGCCGCGCCUCCGAGGGAGCCUGCAGCCUCAGCUUGUCUGCAGUUUACAGGUAAUCUUCAUUAAUCAAGAUGUCUUCAGCACCUGAGCCUCCAACGUUUCAAAAGGAACCAUCAAAAGAGAGAGACUUUAGAAAUCCAGGCCUUAGAGGAGUGCGCACAACAACUUUAUUUCGAGCCGUGAAUCCAGAGCUGUUCAUAAAACCUAACAAACCUGUGAUGGUUUUUGGACUGGUGACCCUUUCACUUUGCGUGGCUUACAUUGGUUAUCUGCAUGCAACACUAGAGAACGGAGAGGGCCUCUGUGAAGCUGUUGACAGUGAGGGACACCGCUACAUGAGGAGGAAGACAUCCAGAUGGGAUUGAAGUGUUGGCUUCUGCAGGGGCAGCUUUAUGAAAGGUCUGAAAUUCCAAAUGAAAGACUAAGUACGUAGAAUUGCAUUUCUUGUUCUAGAGUAUGUUAAUAAGAGAAAAUGCAGCACUUGGAACCAAGCCACUGUAGGAAUUUUGUCCCUGAACAAGGAUAUAGUUUUCAUCUCAUUCUCUUUCUACAAAAAGCUUCACGCUAUCUUUUCUAGUAAAUUCUCUUGUUUAAAAAGUGCCUUGAGGAUAAGAGUGUUUUGUUACUUAUUUAAUUCUGCAUAAUAAAAAGCACUCAGUGCUAUUAAACUUG